AUGAUUAUUUCAUGGAAUGUAAGGGGGAUAAAUAAUUCAGGUAAGUGUAAUGAGGUUAGCUCCCGCCUCAAUAGAAUUCACCCUGAUAUUGUUAUCUUAGUUGAAACUUGUGUUAAACCGCACAAAGCUGCGGAAGUUAGGAAUAAGUUUGGGCGUAUGUGGUCUUUUAAGGAUAAUUAUGCAGACCAUAAUAAUGGGCGAAUUUGGGUGAUGUGGAAAGAGGCCAAAUUCAAUCUGCAGGUGGUCAGAAGCUCUUCCCAGUAUAUGCAUUGUUGUGUUACCCAUUUGAAUGGAGACAUGUAUAUGUAUCUGACUGCAAUUUAUGCAAUGAACACCUUGGAGCAAAGGAAAAAUCUGUGGCAUGAUAUAGAGGGUCUGCAUGCCAGUAUCUCAGGUCCUUGGGCUCUCAUGGGGGAUUUUAACAACGUACUUCAUGCUCAAGACAGAAUAGGGGGUAACAUGGUCACAGAAAAUGAAUACAGGGAUUUGGAGAAAAUGCUUGAAAUAACGGAUCUUCAUGAAAAAGAUAGUAGUGGGGGCUAUUAUACUUGGACAAAUAACCAAGCUAAUGGUGUGAUAUACUCUCGUAUAGACCAUGUCUUUGGCAACUUAAGCUGGCUGCAGCAGCACGUAGACUUCAAUCUUCAAAUUAUGAAUUCUGGGGUGUCAGACCAUUCCCUCCUCUGCUUGCGCAAACAGGAAGACAGACGUCCCAGUAGAACUCCCUUCAAGUUCCAAAAUGUGAUCACUAAUGUCUUAGGUUUUCAAGAAUCCGUGAGAGAUAACUGGAAUAAUCCUAUUACGGGUGCUACUGCUAUGUGCAGACUUUGGAAAAAGCUUAAACGACUCCAGCCCGUUGUCAAGUCCUUGAGCAGAACCUUCCAAGGCAUUUCAAGAGAGCUGAUCAAAGCCAGAGAUCAACUCAAUGUUGUGCAGUAG